AAAAAAAGUUCCUUCAUCUAUAAAACUUGAGGGCAAUAUUUGUGUUUCGAACAAAGUGUUUUUAGCAUUUACACAGUCAUCAUCAUCAUCGUCAGCUCUCUACGUGGAACAACUGUAAUAAAAUUUAGAAUGGAAAACUAAUGGGAAAAAAAAAAUAUUCUAAAAAAAUGUGUAUAUAAAUAAAAUAAAAAAAAUUUAAAAAAAUCUUUUUCAAAAGUUAAAACACACUUUGAAUGCAUACGUGCAGCACACGUAACGUGGGUUUUAAUUUAAUUAAUAAAACUUUUCAAAUCAAAAGUGAGUGUGAAGAAGACAGAAAAAGAGGGUGUGUAGGAGAGAGAGAAAUAGAGAGAGAAAAGAAAAUUAAAUAUUACAAAAAUGAAUAUGUUGAUGAACGUGAGAAUUUCGCUUUUGUUCUGUUUAUUCACGAAUGCUCUUAUAUUUGGUCAAAUACCGUUUCCGAAAAGUUGCCAAAAUGUUGAAAUUAUGAAAGACUUCGAUGUGAAUAAGUAUAUGGGUAAAUGGUAUGCGUAUCUGACAUACCCCUACACAUGGUAUACAGGAAUCAAGUGUCUGCAUCACACUUAUGAGAAUGAAAAGAACGGUUUAAUAACUAUUAAUACGUCGUCUUAUUUCGAAUUAACUAACUAUACCAACGAGUAUAGUACAACAGCUCAGAUGGAAGGUUCAGAGGGAUUGCUUAAAUUAAACCAUAUGAACAUAAACUUUCACAGCUCGGAUUAUAUAAUAUUAGGUACCGAUUAUGAUAACUGGUCUGUGGUAUAUAGUUGUAAAAAUUUUACUUCGUUAAUGCACACAGAAAUGGUUUGGAUACUCACUCGUCAGCGCCAGCCGGAUAUGGAUGCUAUUAAAAAAGCUCAAAGAGUAAUGAGUAAUAACGAUGUUUCGGUUAAGUUUUUAGUAUCAAUGGGUCAAACUAAUUGCCCCGAUGAUGAGACUGAUGUGGAAUUAAAUCUUACCGAUAGAACUGUUAGCGUGUUAAGUAGACCCUGAGAUUGGUUAAUGCGUCUUCUUAGACGCAUUUAUCUAAUGAUCAUCAACU